UCAGUAACGUUUGUACUCGCUUUUGUGUAGUGCCUGAAUAAUCCCAUAAUUUUCCAUGUAAAAUGCUUCGAAACGGUCCGCUUUCGGCGGUCCUCCACGAGGAAGUGGCCCUGGAAGGGCUGGAAGGCACAACGCUUGACACGUUGUGGAACCAUUUGGCAAUCCGUUUGAAAAUCAAGAUGCCUGUUCCGCCGAAAUUCUGCCAUUCCGUGUGGUCUUUGAUUGUGCAGAACAGUGAGUACAUGUUCUUUCAGCUUCCGGAACCGCGGAAGCCCUUUGUUUAUUUCGACCGAAUGGAGCAGGUGGACCCAUCCACUGGUGUCAUGAAGGAACCCAAGGAAUAUCCCGGCCAUCGGUUCAAAUACAAUCCCGUCACGGCCAACGGGAUAAGAGGCUCGUGUGAAUGCUACGAUACGCGGCAGGUUGUCUCCAGAGAGGAACUGGCCACAAUGAGCUAUCUGGAUGUGGAGAAUAGAUGGCCCAACAUGUUUAUUAUCGUUGCUUCGCAGAAAAUGCGAGAAUCGAUUAUUAUAGAACCGAAUUGUACAUCUGAAUUAUCUAUAAUCCAGUACUGUAUGCUGGAAUGGAUAGCAAGGUCCCGUUACAACGGUGAAACCUCCCAAGGCAAGUUCUCCCUGGUCGAGCUCACAAAGGACUCGAGCAUUCUUUACUAUAAUCGUAAGUUUUUGACCGACUGUAAGCUGAUCACCCGCCAGGCGCUGUGUCAGCGAACGGGCGACACCAGCAUACAGGGAAUGGUUUACCACCUACCUCGGUACUACUGUGAAAUGAAACCGAAAGCCCUAGUGAUCACCGAGAAAGUGGUCAACAUACUGAAAACGCGUCCAAACUACAUAGCGGAUUAUGAUGAGAUCAAACUUAUCGUCUUGGGGCGAGCCGAAGCGCGGAAAUGGUUCCGCGGCAAUGAGUUUACAAAAUUCAUCAGAACCGACGAAACGGUCGCCUACCGCACCCUCUACCCGGAUGCGGAACCGCGCGAGUAUAUGCUGAAGAACAAACGGAACGAGGAGAAGCAGAUUCGCAUAAUGCGGCUCAUAGACCCGGAUGCGGAUGUCUACGAUCUGUGGUACAAGGAAGAACAAACGGAGGAAGACCAGAAGGAUGGAUUUUUGGACUCGCAGAAGGCGUAUAUCGACAUGCCGGUGCUGCAGCAGGCGUACAAUGUGAUAGCGAACUCGGGCGAUCAGGGCAUUUCGCAGUCCGUGCUGGCAGUGCAGAUGGGUCUGGAUCGGUUGAACGCGAGGGCAUUGGUGAAAAAUCUGAUGCGAAUCAAAGCCGUCGAAGGCAGUGCGGUGGACGAAGGUCGGCAGCGAACAACUAAAUACUUCCUUCCGGGCAUGAACCAGCGUACGAUCACAUUCGACAAGGAAGCCAUCCAACUGAUGAGCAGCCACCAUUCACUGUCAGGAAACGUAUCGGAACAACAACCGCAGCAACAGCAACAAACUUCAGUUCAGACACCACCUCAACUGCCACUGCCGAUUCCGUUGGCGUCGACCUCCGGCCCAACGAACUUAAGUGAAUCGAGCAGCCUCAGUACGACCGUGGAUCAGGAACACUUAGACGAAGAGGACGAAGAACGGUACAAGAUGCACUUGAAUUUGUAUUCCAAUGCUAACACCACCAUGCUGGAUUCGAUCGAUGUCGAGAUCAACAUCAGCGACGAGGUGGCCGGAUUGAAGAAGACCCUCGGAGGCAUUUCGGCCAUGAACUCCAAGCACAUCAGCGCCAAAGUGCUGAAGCGUUGCAAUUUGAUACUGGAGCUGGUUAAAACUUACCAGGUGGUCGAACCGAGGGAGGUGCUGAAGAAGAUCAACAAGGACGAGAGGGAGAAAGGCUACAAGGGAGAAGCGUGCCACAAGUCGGUUCUGAGACUGAUUGGAAGGCUGGCGGUGGAUAAGUAUUUGAAGAUAGCGAAUGUGAAGCUGUCGAAGGAGGAAAGGGUGAUCAAUGUGGCGUACGCGUGUGAUAUGGUGGUGGGCAACGAUAGUCCCAGUCUGAAGGGGAAGAUUGAGGCGGCCAAGGCCAGGAUGAUGCUAUCGGCUGUGGGGCAGUCGAGUGCGAAGAAACCGCUGACGGAAAGUGAAACGUUACACGCUACCGUCGGCACAAGCUACGAGGGAACGCUAGCCAAAUGUUUGAGGAUGAGGUUGUUCCAUGAGUUUCUGUUCUACUUGAUUUAUGAGCUUUCACCUGAUGCACAGGAAUUACACGGUAUGGAGCUGGAAAUAAUGGAUUUGAGUUCCGCCCAGGAGGAUUUCGGUCCAGUUUACUUUGCUGAGGCUGGAUGGAAGAUGUUCGUGCCGCCAUUAAAUGUGUACGAAAGCUACGGGCAAGGAUGGGCCUUGUUGACGGAUAUAACACUGCGCUUGCCGUUGUCGGUAUUCUGCCAGAUUUGUACGUUCGGAUUCUACACGAAGGAACUGGACUAUUGGUUAAAUCAUCCCGUUCGGCAGCAUAUGCUGAUCAAGCAGUUGCCGAAACAGAUUCGCCUACAGCUGUUCCGGCAGCGGAAAUAUAUCUUCAACAUUUACGAGCUAUCUCAGAAGCUUUGCUACGCUGGUUUGCUACAAUUCGGCCCCCAGCGAAUGAAGGAUCGUGAUCAGACGUUUAUCUACGUGAAUAGGACAGCGGCAUUGUUGGAUACUCGGGAAUCUGCCAUCGGGUACAACGAGAUUGAAGAUAGGGAGUAUCCGGUGAAGGCUUUUAAGCUUGAUUGCAUGGAUGAUUUGCACAGCUAUUGGGAGCAUUUGUACAAGAUCGCCUUGGGCACCCGGCUGAAUCGCCGAAGUGCUGCAUUUGGAAAGGAUAUUCUGGUUCAGCAGCUGCAUGUCAAACCGGAGAUUGUGGAAGCUUGCAAGACUCGGACACCGGAGCAGGCGGUCGAGUUUGACGUGCCUCAGCUACCUCCGGGAGAUAAUCGCGGUGCAGCGGGAAUGGAUACGGCCAUGUUCGUUCAUUUGAAGUCCAACUGGAGCAAGGUGAUGAACUAUGCACCGGCAGUGAAGAAUCACCUAGCAAAAUUGAAACGAUUGAAGACGAUGAAGAAGAUUGCUCAGUUGCAUAAACCCACGGCAGCCCGCAGCACGAUCAGCAAGAAGAUUAUGACCACUGGCAAGGAGAAGAAGCUCUGUCUGAAGGCCAAGCUAACGGUGAAGCCAUUUGCUUCGACCUACAAGAGAUUCAACGACAAGAAGCACACGAUCAAGGUUCGUAGGAUCGAGAAGCGUCCGGUGAAUAAACGAAAGAAAUCCAACUACGACGACGUCGACCGUGAGGCGUUGAAGCAAAUGGAGAAACUGAGAGUGGAUUGGAGUCACAAUGAGGACACGGUGCUACUGCUGUGCCGUAUCGGUUUGAGGUACCUGUACGGAGAGGUCUUGAACUCGAACAUGAUCAUCAACUCGGCUGUCUAUCGGGACAUUCUGCACUGGACCAAUCGGGAGUCGUUAAACAAAACCUCACGAGCUUGCCAGCGACGAAUCAACUAUAUGAUCAAGCACAAACCUGGUGUGGCUGCCAAUGUGAAGCUUUGCGUUGAGGAGGCCCGACUCAAUCCUGUCAUUGAGCAACGAUUCGGGAAAAAUUUCAUCGGUCGUUUGAAAACGUUCUUCCUCUCGAGUGAAGAUUUGGCCAUGGCACUUAAGAUUCAUUUUAUCGAGUUAGUCUUCAUGCUGAGAAAUACACUAACCAAGUUGAAGAUGAUUGAAGGCUUUCGACCGAUGGAGGGUUUUAAACGCCCCAAAGAGAGCCAGUUCAUUCCGGACACGAUAGCCGAGUUCGAGGAACGUUUCAACAUACUACAGGCAUAUGACAAACCGGAACCGCUCAACUUCAAUGCAAAUCCUACGAAUAUUGAGGAAAUCAUCGUACUCAAGUUGGCCACUUUGAUCCACAGUGCUGUGGUCACAGCCAGAGCCAAGGGUACCUUGAGCAUUCAGCUGUUCAACAUCUACAAAAACUACUCCGAAAAGCAUCUCUCCGCGGCCAUGAAGUUGGUUCGUUCGUUUCGUUUAAUCUCACUAUCCCGUAAGCUGAAGUCGGGACCGGAUGGUUCGAAAACCGUGAUGCCGUCGAUAUGCGAUAACCCCUACCACAUUUCAAUAACUUACCUGAAUCAAAUUGCGACGAAGAUCCCGUUCCAAAUGUUCAACCAUGUGUACUCUCAGUACUUAAAAAUGCUCGACCGCCCCAACUACGAAGAACCGCUGACCAUCGACGAUGGCAGGCAAGGCUUGGUCCUAUUGCUCGGUGAACUGGUGUCGGUGAACUCUGUGGAUGUCGAUCUGGAAACCGUCGGAGAUUUGAAUCCGGAACUGAAAAACACCAAUCCGGAUCUCAGGGAUGAUUUUGGAAGUGAUUUUGCCGAACUCGCCCAAGCUGUCGAACUGCGAGAGCAACAGCUAUCUGAGGGACCAGCUAAGCGAAUCAAGAGCGAACCUCGGUCGGCGGCCAAAGUCCACUUUGCAACGACCAGCGACGUCUUCUUCAACUACGUGAUGCACCCAGUCGAGAAGCUGACCAAAAUUCCCUCUGAAUAUUUGCACUUCUUCUGUGUUCUGAACAGCCUAAAAAAUGGAACCCUGCUGCGAACGAUCAAGAUCGACGAAACUUGCAACAUUUGCUCCAUUGAAAACUGCAUACUGCAGAGCACUGACCGGAAUAUCAUCCAAAAGUGCAUCACCAUCGCGCUGGGAAACCGGGAAACCAUCGAACGUAUCAAGGCGAACCGAGCCUCCCGCGUCGACAUGACUCCGCUGUUGGUGAUUCGCGAGGACAACAUUGCGCAAUACUUUAUGCGGACAAUCAAAGAAUACGGUAAACUGCAGGCCGCCGCUCAGAAGCGUGACUUCGGGCGACUUCCGGAAGGAAUGAAAUCCUCCGUCAACAUGGUGGACCUGGUCUACGACAUCGUGCAGUUCCAGAACGUUCAGGACUUCAACUGGUUGGAUCGCUACGAAAUUACCCAGUUGGACGACGACAACGGAAACACCCUGCUCAUGGAUCCCGAAGGCAAUGAACCGGAAUUCACCACCCGCGAUAAGACCGCCCUAGGAGACGAUAUGACCGACAAGGCCGUCGCCGUUAACUACAUGAAGAUCAACGUCAAACUCACUUACCAGGAUCCCGGCGAUCUCCGGGAUCGGAUCAACCUUGACAACCGUUUGAUCCCGAAGGUAUUCCUACCGGAAAAAUUCGUCGACCGCCAGGAUGUACUCACCAAAAUCACCAACGAUACCUUGUGGCCUUCUCGAGAUCAACUACAACCACUCCUCGAGCUAGCCUCUCCGUUGAUCUACCAGAACUCUCGCCUCUCGGCGGUGGCAAUAUUCAUCGAGGAAAAAGCUGACCUUGGAGCAACGGUUCAGGAGCUGGGCGAACAGUUCCGAAACCAUGCCGAGUUGAUCCAGGAUCUACAGGUGCUGCUCAAUUUCAAAUUCAUCCUGAGAACCGGCUUCCGACAUUUAACCUACGUCCACUGGCAGUACGUGACACCGUGGUUACUGCGGACGUCUUGCGUCGUACGUGGUGAACCUAGGGAAACGGUCGGCAUCAUUGAUCCUGUGCGUAUCAAACAGGAACCGGGCACAUCGCAACCGAAACGGACCAUUGCACGGUCGUCCGACGAAGAGGACGACGACAUAAUAGAAGAGGACGAGACGGGCGAGUUCGGUCCUCCGCCCAAGAACCGGCGAGACGAACUCCAACGGAAGAUUGCAGUGAUCGAGGAGAGGGAUCGAUUGAAACCGAAGAAGAACCUAUCCCUCGCGAUGACACCGUGGAUUAAGAUCAAUGGAGGAAUCGACCGACGGCUGAUGUACCGGUGGCUUACCACGCUGCUUCUUUACUGCAUGUCCCAUCCGGGAGUGCUGCUGAGCGUGGUCUAUUCCAGGUUCAACAUGAUGGCCCCGGUGCAUCUGUAUUAUUUGCUGGAGAUCCUGCAGGGGUACGGCUGUGUGAAUAUGUUCUCGAUGGAAGUACGACAAAAGCGAUCGCUUUUUUCCACGUAUCGACCGCCGAAAGUUGAUCUGGCCACCGAGUUUGACCGCGAGGACUGCACCUACAUCGAAACUAUGGCAAACGCUCUCAGCACGCUGACCUUGUUCAUCGGAGACUACCCCAAGUUCCAGGAAGACUUCCUAUCGCCCAUCAAAGCCCCCGAGCCGCAGGACGGGGAAGCGUCCGAUGAGUAAAUA